AUGCAGUGGCUUCUCUUUACUCUCCUAACCACAUACUAUCAGCAGUUUGUUUGCAGUAUUGAAGAAACUGCAAACUUGGUCAUGGCAGUGGACAAAGCAGCAGAGUCGGAGGUCUUCCAGCGGCGGGAGUUUUGUCACUGGCCGUGCAAAUGCUCACAUAAGCGUUCAUGCCCGUUGGGUGUAAGCCUGGUCAAAGAUGGCUGUGGAUGCUGUAAAAUUUGUGCUAAACAGCUGGGUGAAAGUUGUAAUGAAGCAGAAGCAUGUGAUCACCACAGAGGUCUGUACUGUGACUACUCCGCUGAUGCACCCAAAUUUGAAGUUGGGAUUUGUAAAUAUAUAUUCGCUGUUGGGUGUGAACUCAAUGGGGUGCUUUAUCAAAAUGGACAGUCUUUUCAUCCCAGUCCCUUUUACACAUGCUUAUGCAUAAGUGACACAAUUGGAUGCACCCCUAUACUGGAUUCUAAACAAUCUGACAGCCGCUGUAUAGAUACCGCAGGACUUAUGAAAAAAAAGCCUGAUCUAACAAAUUGUGCAUUGGAGAAGAACCCCACUAUGACAGACUUCAAGUUCAUACCAGUGUACAAGAUUUUACCACUUGUUUGGAAAAGGAAAUGUCUUGUGCAGGCAACUUCAUGGAGUCCAUGUUCUAAAACGUGCGGAAUGGGCAUAUCCAUACGAGUUACCAAUGAGAACAGCAAAUGUGAAAUGAGAAAGGACAGACGACUCUGCUUUCUUAGGCCAUGUAAUACAACUCUGCUAAGUAAUGUGAAGAUUCCUAAAGGAAAGACCUGCCAGCCUACAUUCCAAGACCGACAACCUGUUAAACUGUAUCUAUCCGAGUGCUCUACAGUGCGAACCUACCGGCCCUUAUACUGCGGGGUGUGCACAGAUAAGAGAUGCUGCAUCCCCAACAAAUCUAAAAUGAUAACUGUCCAUUUCCAGUGCCCCAAUGAGGGUUCGUUCUCUUGGAAAAUGAUGUGGAUCACUUCCUGUGUGUGUCAAAAGACCUGUACUGACCCUGGAGAUAUAUUUGCUCAUCUUAAAAUUUUGUGAGUAGCAGUUGACUAGGUUAUAUUCAGUAACUAAAUGCUACCAACAUAUACAACCAGUUACUACUCUAACUGUAGUAGAAGAUGCAUUCAGAAACAUAAUGCAUCAAGUUCACCCUAUGCGAAGGGUUAAGAAAUCUGGUCUGGCUCCUCUUUGAAUUUUCUGUCUGUAAAAAUAGCCAGUAUGUAUGAGGAGACCAUGUUACUGAGCCAUACCACUAAAUCUAUACAUACUUGGCUGCACUUAUAGGUUAUACGUGUACCUAAAAAUAGAUGAUAAGAAAAGCAAAUAGAUUAUAUAUAUAUAAAAGCAUAUAACAAGUGAUAAAACAAAAAGAGUGUUAUAAAA